AUGCUUUUUAUGCAACCUUCCGUACCCGCCCUCCCGGCUUCUCUUGAUUUCCACGGUAAGACUGUCCUUGUCACAGGUGCAAACAGUGGUCUAGGCAGGGCGGCAUGUUUGCAUUACCUACAGCACAACGUCUCCACUCUUAUUAUCACCGUACGACGUUUGUCCGAAGGCGAAGUGGUCAAAUCGGAGAUACUUGCUCAACGGGAAGGGAAGAGUGAGGACGAUCAACCCAAGAUACUCGUCUUUGAACUCGACCUUUCUUCUCACUCUUCCGUCACCGCGUUUGCUGCGAAACUCAAGGCGGAGGUUCCCUGCCUGCAUAUCGCGCUCCUGAAUGCAGGUGUAUUCCUGCUCGAUUGGAAGGUUUCUCCUCAUACUGGAAAUGAAAUGACAUUUCAAGUGAAUUAUCUAUCAAACGCGAUACUAUCCUUGUUGCUCCUUCCCUUGCUACGCAGCACGGCAGAAGCCACUAGUCCCCCGACACCUUCGUAUCUGUCCAUUGUCGCUUCACAGAAGUAUAGUGAUUCACGAUUUAUCGGAAACCCCAUUCCGGAAUCAACUACAGUAUUUGAUGCCUGCAAUGACGAGAAAACGUUUCAGCCGUGGUCAUUAUACGCUGAUUCUAAACUCCUCGUUCGCCUCUUCGUGAAGGAAUUAGCGACCCACGUGGAUUCGUCGAACGUUAUCGUCAACUGCAUGUGUCCUGGGAUGGUGAAGACCAAUCUCGCUCGCAGUCUUUCUCUCCCACUCAGACUUGUAGGACGUUUGGUCCUCUCUGUUCGAGCGAGGUCGCCAGAGGUGGGAUCGAGGGUGCUAGUGUAUGCAGCAGGGGUGCUGGAAAACACAGUCACGGGGAGAUCUGUUACCAGGGUAAUUUCUUGGAUUGAGAGCAAAGAAGGAGAGCUAAUGCAGGCAAAACUUUGGCGCGAAACCCUUGACGCAUUAGAGAAGAAUUCCUCUGGAUCAAUUGUUUCUUCAUCUCUUGCAUAA